CUCGGCCUAGCCUGCUGCCUACCCAUUACCAAACCCUUGUUUAACUUUAUACAUUGAUGUAUUGGUUCAUACUGAAUACUGUACUAUCCUCCGUUUCUUCUGUAAUUGAUUUCUGUGGGUGGUGAACUGGGUGGUUAAAAUUGACCGAUAUAAAAAAUCUAUCGAAACCGUCCAAUUCACUUCUAGACAAGGCAUGCAAAAAUGUAUUUCCUUUAGCCUACAGCCCACCGCCCACAGCCAGGUACAAAGCGCCACCGAGACGAUGAUUUUGUUGUAUAUGCCACGUGUUUUAAAUAUUUAUUCACGUGCACAACCGACGAACUCAGCGCCACCCGGAUCGCUCCGGUGGGCGGCUGGUGUGAUAACCGACUCCGCCUCUUCUCCCAAAGUAUAAAUUGUACUCACGCAGCCGAUAGAGUGUAAAACAAGAGACUGGAGAGGAGACCAUUACCAACGAAAAGAAAUAGGUCAAUAAUCUCAGACAUGGGAGACCAGAUGCGCUAUGCCAUCAGUGUCCGGAUUAUUGGAGUGAUGCAUAAAGAGGCAUCUAAAAUCAAGAUGUUUAUGACCUCGGUUCUGUGGUCUGAUGAGAGUGAAGUCAUUGUCUACAGAUCAUUAUUGGAUUUUAAGGAGUUUCAUAGGCAAUUGAAGAAGAGGUUUCCCCUUGAGAAUCCUUUCCGCAAGAGAGACAGAGUGAUUCCCAAAUUCAGAGCCAUAGCUAUGAGGAGAAAGAUCCAGAAGAAGGAUCCUAGUUGGUCAAUGCGUCGGAUGAAUUUACUGGAAAACUACUGUAGCGAGCUGCUCAGGUGUGACCCCGUGGUGAGCUGCAGUUCAGAGGUCACCCAGUUCUUCAUGCCCAAAGACCACGACCUGCAGGCAGACUUCACCAAAAACAGCGUCAUGAUCCUACCAUCGGGGGAUGGGCUGGAGGACAUGAGCGGGCAGCGUCUGAGCCUGGGCAACGUGACACACCCUUUUGUGAGCCAGUCUUACUGCUGUGUGGGGCCCUACAACACCAAGGACACUAAGAACAGGCCCUUUAAAGUGGCCUUGGAUGAGAGGCUGGAUGUGCUCAUCAAAGACCCAGCAGGCUGGUGGCUGGUGGAGAACGAGGACAAACAGUUGGCCUGGUUCCCUGCUCCUUACCUAGAGAUGUGUGAGGCAGAGAAGGAUGGAGAUGAAUUGGAUGGAAUUCCCUUGGGGGGAACUCUCUACUGCGCUGUGAGGAGUUACUCCACUAAGAAGCAUGACGAGGUGCCUGUUCCUAUUGGCUCUGUGGUCGAGGUGCUGAGGAAAUCAGACGACGGAUGGUGGCUCAUCAGGUAUAAAGGCAGAACGGGCUACUCUCCCUCCAUGUACCUGCAGCCUUACAACAACCCACGUGCUGGCCUCCACAACCUGCAGAGAAAGUUGCACAGCUCCUCUCUCAAUUUGGCAACCUACAUGGACAGCUCUACUCUCAACUUGGCAUCCAGCAGAGACAGCCAAUCUGGCAACUGUUACCCACCCACACUGUAUGAGGAGACAGGGCUGCAGCAGCACACAUCAACCCAGACCAGGGAUGAUCCGUACCGGGCCUCCUGUCUCCAGAAGACCCGCUCUCUAGAGCUCCUGUCUGAGACCCGUCCCGACAUGGCCGUCCCUCCAUCCCAAAGAGAGAGAGACCUUGAGUCAAAUCCGGAUCCAGCAAUCCGCAAGAGCAGCAUCAGCUGGACCAAGUCCUCCAACUCUGACAUCAGCUCGUCAGGCCGGAAUGUCAGGACGUCUUCUUCCAGCUGCAGUGAGGAGGAGCCCCAGAGCCUCCCAAACAGCCCCCGGUCUUCACCCCAGCUUCACCCCAGUCUGUCAUCCAGCCCUAGCUCCAGGUCUGAGACUGGGUCCUGUAAGAUGCCCACCACUGCACCCAGGGUGCCCCCGCGACCCAGGGCCCAGGAGAUCCUGACCCGGUGUACCACCAUGACCCGCAAUGCUGCCUUGGCCUCCAGAGGGAGGCUGUUCUCCCUGCAGGACCCCGUCCAGACCCACUAGAAAGGCUGGGAGCGGUGGCGGGGGAACUGGGAGAUGGGGUUAGGGUUAUGGGGAACCGUGGGUGGUGGAGAGUGGGGUUUUUGGGGUUGCACUAUUCUCUCCAGGUUGACUUUACAUGAAGCGCAGUACUUUGAGUAUGGCUUGCAAUACUAGGGUUACAUUUGCAUAAAAAUGCCUAUUCUGUAUGUUACGUUAACCAUAAUUCCAUCCAACCAUUUUUAUACGAGUAAAGUACCUGUUGAAUAAAAAAAUCACUACAGGACUGAUGGAAACGGUAUAAUUGUUAGUAAACGUUCUAAAUCUUGACAGAACAAAAUACAUAAAACAGGGGAAUAAGUUUUUGUCUGUGAAAUACACUCCAUGACCAAAAGUAUGUGAACAAAUGCUUGUCGAACAUCUCCUUCCAAAAUCAUGGUCAUUAAUAUGGAGUUGGUCCCCCCUCUGUUUCUUUACCAGCCUCCA